AUGGACCUCGCAAAGCAACUUCUCCGCACGGUGAUGCGAGCCUUCUACGAAACCCGACACAUCCUCGUCAUCGACGCCCUCGUUCUUCACUCUGCAUUGCGCGAUGAUGACUUGGCAUAUCUGAUGAGCAUGAACACCAAAGACCUGCACAAGCUCUGCGCCUUCUUGCGAGACGCUCGAUGCCUGGCAGUACACUCCCGACCCGAGAAGGCGAGCGAGACUGCACGGCCCGUCAACCGGAUAUACUACUACAUCGAUUACCGGCAAACGAUUGAUGCUAUCAAAUGGCGCGUCUAUAAGAUGGACAAGGACAUGCAAGGCACAACGGUCCCGGCCAGCGAGAAGAAGGAGUACUUCUGCCCCCGGUGCAAGGCAGAAUGGACACAGAUGCAGGUUCUCGACAACUGGGGCCCAACCGGCUUCCUUUGUCACAGGUGCGGAUCCGUCUUGACCCACGACGUCGAGCGACAGUCGACCGGCCACCAAAAGAGCACUCGUAUGCACAACCAGUUCAAGUUUAUCACCGACCUCCUACCGCGUAUCGAUUCGGUCUUUAUCCCGGACAACAACUUCGAUGUCGCAUUCAACUCGAGGCUGAAAGUCGUCCGCGAUGCGCAGCACCAGAUUGCUCAGACGAUCGCCGUUGACCCGGCAAGACCUACCGCCGUCAAGGGCCUCGCUAACACCGGCCCGACGUCCAUGUCUGUCAUUGUCAACAAGGGAGAUGGCCCGUCAGAAGAAGAGAAGGAAGCAGAGCGGCUUCGUAAGGAGAAGCUUGCCAAGCAAAACGAACUCCCUGCCUGGAUGGAGAGGAGUACGAUUGACGGCGCCUCGUACAAGGUCGAUGGGACGUCCGUCGGUGCCAUCAGAAACGAUACCACCGACGUCAAGGAUCCGAACCUCAAGUCGCACGUGGACGACCAGGACAGCUCCGAGAUGGCCAGCAUCUUUGCCCGCAUCAAGGAGCAGGCCGCAGAAGAGGCGGCCAGAAAGGCCAGGGAUGAGGAAGAGGGCGUGACUGACGACGAGGACGAGGACGAAGACGAGUUUGAGGAUGUAGAUGUCGCGACCGGUAGCAACUCGGCUGUUGGAACACCGGCGAGCACGGCCGGCGCGCUGGCGCCCACCUCGGUGCCCGCCGUGCCCUCGCCGCUCCGCCAGUCGAACCUCAAGCGGGAAGCAUCCAGCGGGGAUAGUACACCGGCUGGGGGCAACACGCCGGGUGCAGAGGACCGUCCGGUCAAGAAGGUGAAGGUGGAAGAGCCUCCUGCGGCGGCCGUCAAGGCCGAAGAGGCCGACAGUGAUGAGGAUGACCUGGAGUUUGAAGACGUUUAG